AUGGCGAAGUAUGCCAACCCCCCGCAGCCCCCGCCGCUCUUCACGGGCACGAAGGAGAGCAUCGUGGCCGAUUCCAAGGCUCUGUGCGACAAGACUCGCUCGCUGCUGGAUUCCCUCGUUGCCAACAUCAAACCUGCCGAGAACCCUGGCGCUGCCACCUUUGACUCCGUGAUCCGACCGCAGGCCGAGGACGAGAACGUGAGCUCGCUCAGUGCGCGCAUCCUCGGCUUCUACCAAUAUGUCUCUGGGGACAGCGCCCUGCGGGAUGCCAGCACCGAAGCCGAGAAGAUCAUGGAUGAGUUCUCCAUCGAGUGCAGCAUGCGUGAGGACGUGUUCCGCCUGGUCGACGCUGUGUACAAGCAAUCCGGGCUCUCGGACAGCGCCGAGAAAGACAAGGACCGGCUGAUUGACGCUGCUCUGGCCAAGAGCGCUGGACUGGCGGAUGUCGAGAGCGCCCGGCUCCUGGAGAAGGAGAGGAAAAGCUACAUCAGGAACGGCUUAGGAUUGCCAGAGGGCGAGAAGAGAGACCGGUUCAAGGAGAUCAAGAAGCGGCUCAGUCAGAUCCAGAUCGAGUUUCAGAAGAACCUCAAUGAGGAGAACAACGGCCUCUGGUUUACCGAGGAGGAGCUUGAUGGCGUCCCGCAGGACGUGUUGGAUACGCUGGAGAAGGGGACCGGCGAGAAUGAAGGCAAGCUCCGGCUGACUUUCAAGUACCCUGAUCUGUUCCCCACUCUCAAGUUCGCGAACAACCCCGAAACUCGCCGGAGGGUGUUCAUCGAGAACGAAAAUAAGUGUAACCAGAACGUGCCCCUGUUCAAGGAGGCCAUCCUCCUCCGUGACGAGGCUGCCCGUCUUCUGGGCUACGCCGACCACGCCUCGUUCCGUAUCGAGGACAAAAUGGCAAAGACGCCCAAGACGGUGCUGGACUUUCUCGGCGAUCUCAAGACUCGGUUGGCUCCGGGCGGCGUCAAAGAGAUUGAGCACCUUCUGGAGCUGAAGAAGAAGGACCACGAAGCUCGCAAUCUACCUUUUGAUGGCAACUACUAUCUGUGGGACCAUAGGUACUACGAUAGGAUGAUGGUGGAGCAGGAAUACAGCAUCGACGAAAACGCCAUUGCCGAGUACUUUCCGCUCAAGUCGACUGUCGCUGGCAUGUUGCGCAUUUUCGAGGAGUUGUUCGGCUUGGUCUUUGUCGAACUGACCCCCGAGGACCGCAAGCGCAUCUCUCCGACCGGAAAGGCCGAGGAUAUCGCAUGGCACGAGGAUGUUAUCAUCUUCAGUGUGUGGGACGAUGCGAGCGAAGGGGAUGGAUUCGUUGGCUACCUCUACCUGGAUCUUCAUCCCCGUCCUGGCAAGUACGGCCAUGCGGCCAACUUCAGCUUACAACCGGGUUACCUAAAGCCCGAUGGAACCAGACGGUACCCGGCUACCGCCCUUGUCUGCAACUUCAGCAAGCCCACGGACAAGAAGCCGUCGCUUCUCAAGCAUGACGAGGUAGUUACGCUCUUCCACGAGCUGGGCCACGGAAUCCACGACUUGGCAGGUCGCACAAGGUAUGCGCGCUACCACGGGACGGCGACCGUGCGAGACUUUGUCGAGGCGCCCUCUCAGAUGCUCGAGAACUGGUGCUGGACGCCCAGCCAACUCAAGAGCUUGAGCAGCCACUACGAGACGGGCAAGCCCAUCCCGGACGAUCUCAUCGAGAAGUUGAUCGCUACCAAGCACGUCAACGACGCUCUCUUCAACUUGCGCCAGUUGCACUUUGGUCUGUUCGACAUGACCGUCCACACGCCCAAGAGUCACGAGGAGCUGGAGCAGAUGGACGUCAGCAAGCUUUACAACGACCUGCGCGUGCAGAUUUCCCAGAUCAAGGGACCUGAGGCGCUAGGCGAGCCCAGCACAUGGGGCAACGGUCAGGCUACCUUCGGCCACCUAAUUGGCGGCUAUGACGCAGGAUACUAUGGCUACCUCUCCUCGCAGGUCUACUCGACCGACAUGUUCUACACGGUCUUCAAGAGCAACCCAAUGGACCCCGUGCAGGGCCGUCGCUACAGGCACAUGGUGCUGGAGAAGGGCGGGUCGCAGGAUGAAAUGCUUACGCUGGAACAGUUCCUGGGCCGAAAGCCCAGCUCGGAGGCAUUCUACAAGGAGUUGGGGCUUGCGGACUAG